UAUAAAAAUAGUACUAUUUUAUUUUUAUUUCGUGUAUACUACACGAUUUUAUUAUUUGUUGUGAUCUCGUGUUUUGUUUUAAAUAAUAGAUACGUAUUUAGUGUGUAAAAAUGGAUGUGAGUAGAACAGUAGGAAUCGCCCCAAAUCCUGAGUGUUUAAAAGGAGUGGUUGCGUGUCAAUGUGAACUAGGUCGAGAGAAGUUACUGACUGCUCCACCCUACAAACGGGCAGCUUCGCCGCCCUGUGAUGAGUCGAAGUCGAGGUACUUGACAGCACCAUGUGCGAGGGACCUCGAACAAUACAAAUGCCCCAUCAGCCAUAUAUUGGUCACCUUCAAAUCGCCCCUACAUCCCAACGAAGUGUUCAACAAGGUCUUCCCAGCGACUACGCCAAUUAAAUUCGUCAAACGCAAAUUAGCCAAAUUACUCUCGGUGUCAAAUAACAAUCUUCUAUUGACGAAAAACAGAACUGUACUAAAAGAAACUAGUGUACUAUCUGAUCUAAAGACUGAUGCACUGGGCAAUUUAAUUAUUGACGUGUUUACAAAAGAUUCUGACGAAUUCUUCUUAUCGUCUAUACCGAAAGAAUCUUACGUUCAUGAACUUCUUCAUGCUGUUAUUCCUAAAAAAAAGACGAUGCCUUUUAUAGCAAUCAAGUUCAGAGUCCGCAAUCAAAAUGGCAUAUUUACUCGUUCAUAUCAUUCUAUAAUGAAAGUCCAUGAAAUUAAAAAGAAUUUAGCAGGGCUCUUCCUAGUAGACCCUGAUAAUUUAGUACUUUUACGGGGAGAAAAUCCAUUAAAAGAUCGCAUGGCUCUAUUAGACCUUGAUUAUGAUAAAUAUGGAAUAGUGGAAGUAGAAUUGUUGACGAAAAAUAACGAGAAAUUAAAUUUGGAUAAAUUGUACAAAGAGAUGCCUGUUAACGAUGUUCUAAGUGUCAUGAUACCUUUUGGUAGUACUUUAAAACAAAUAAAUGUAGAAAUAUUUUCGGAACUAAUAGAAAAGCCUUACUUGGGCGGAUAUAGAAAUGUCUACACAGGUACUGUCUAUCAUCACGCAUAUACACAAACACCACAGAAACCGGAGAAACUACCUCCAGAGAAAAAAAACUGUAGGGACACACAAACAGCUGAAGAAAGGGAAAAAAUAUAUGACACACCAUACAGCCGCUCUACACAGAUGAAUACCGCACAAGCUUACAUCCCAAAUGUAACGGACACAAUAAUUAUACCCAAACCAUAUGAGACUUAUGAACAAAUGAUUUUUCGUUUGAAACAUAAUCAUUACGCUGCAAUUAUACAACGAGCAUUUCGGCGAUAUCAGUUCAGAGAAAAAUGUCGGCGAUGGAUUCAUGAAUGCAUGGAGAGGAUAGACAGAAUAAAAGAGGAAGAUAGACUGGAGCGAGAAGCUAUGGAACGGCGUCUACGUCGGGAUCUAAUAACUAAGACAUUUCCGAAAACUCGUGAAGAUUUUGAUCAACUAUAUUCUAUGGUUGAUCGAUGGAAACAUGCAGAAAUAGCUCGGAUAUCGCAAUUACAUUCUAAAGGUCCCAAGAUUGCUGAAUUUACAUUGCUUCUCGAUAAGGAAGUGGAAUUACUUCGUUGUAUUGAAGCGUACAGAGUAAAAGUGAAAGAAGACAGCAAGAAAAUUAAAGAAAAAAAAUUUUUAGAAGAAAUAUCCAAACCCGUUGCCUGGUUUGGAAGGGAUGGUAAAUUAAUAACAAUGGACACAGUAGAAAUACAAAAGGCACGGAAACUCAAAGAAUUAUACAACUCCUUCAUCCGUGACGAUAUGACAGUGAGAGAACGCAUGGAACUUCUAGUUGAUAUGAAGUUCGCCCUCCAAGAAUUUCGUUACCCGUUAGCUGAAGAAAUAAUAAUACUUCUAGAUAGAGAAUGUGAUCUUCUUGUCAGAAGAUGUGACGAGUAUCAGCUUGAAUUUUUGAGACGGAGAAUUGCAGCAAGCUUGUUCCAAUUAAUAAAAACCUCAGAAUUGAAUGCUGGAGUGACUAAAUGUAAAGAUAUUAGAGACUACAGGAAAAUGGAAAACAGUCGAUUACAUUUUUGCGAGUUGUGCCAUCAAGUGAAAUCAUACACAGAUUUCCCUUUGAACGCCAAGAUGAAUGGUUACUUAGUUUGCACUUCGUGUUCGUGGAAAGAUGUAACUGAACGUUCUUGGGUUGAAAUGACUCCAUAUAGAUUCAUUCUACGUGCCGUGCAGCGUGACGAGCGAAGACGUAAAUGUUGGGGUUCGCUAGCAUUUGUGUUGCAAGAUAAGGAUAUAUUUUUUAUUGUGGAAAAACUGUGGCACUCUCACUCUGCGAUAAGCGAGUGUAACGAUGUAACUGAACUUAGAUUGUGUAGAUGGCAUGUCAAUGAAGAUUGGUCUCCAUGGAAUUGCUUUUUAGUUACUGUCCAAGAAAUGAAAGCACACCUGAAACUAGAAGUACCAGAAGAGGUGUACGAUGAGGAAUUGGUUCAGAAGGUGCGCAAUAAACAUAAAUUGGCUAAGGCCAACUUUGAACCAUUGAUAACCGUGAACAAACGUUUCACAGAAACAGGAGGCUGGCAAGGUGUUCGCGCUCCAGCUAUAUCACACAUAGAUGCCGUAGAUCAAAUUUAAGAAUGUUUUUUUAGAAAUGUUUAGGAUUAUUUAUUAACAAUCAAUAAUUAUAUUAUGAAUUUUUCAUAGUUUUGUGUUUUAUAUAAUGUCUUAAUUAGUAUUCCAAUGUAGAUCCAGGUUACGCACCAUUAAUCUAUUUUUAGAAUCAGAAUAAUCAAAUAAUGUACAAAACAUUGAGGCACGACAUGAAACAUCUUAUUUCUUACAUAUGCCAAAAUAUAUUGAUUAUGACUAUUGAAUUUGUGUACUAUGUUAUGUAACUUGUUUUCUCUGUAUACAAUUCUUUCAACUAGGCCUCGACUAUGAUAACUACUGAUGGAUUUCCCAUAGUCUUGGAUAAACACCUUAAAUAUUGUUAAAAAAAUUCUAUAUUUCGAAAUAUUAUGUAUAUUUUGACGGUAUG